AUGGCUGUAGAGAAGAAGACAGUAACCAUCUGUAUUUCAAGAAAAAACCCGGCUUAUGGAACACUGCUAACUUUGGCAGCAGCUGGUUUUGAUGUUGAAAAGUCUAUAGUGCUUGUUGAUUCGGAUGAAAAUGGACUAACGCUUGACGGCGUGAAUUACACCAAUGACACAACGAUUGCAAGAUUUAUUGCGAGAGCGUCGGAUAGUGCGGGAGUUGAUUACUGGGUCUGCCUAGUUGAACGGGGCUUUGUCUUUGACGAACUGUUUCGCUUGGCGUCUGAGAAACUGAAACAAAACGCAACUCUUUGUCUUGGAAGGCGAACGUUAGCGGACUUAAUCCUUUGGACUGCUCUGUCUUCACGGGCAAAUAUUGAUGAAUCUUUUCGGAGAUUUUUUGAUGGUAUUUUGCAUGAUCCUGCUUUAAGUGCUGCUCAUGUAAUCGCUGGAAGGUUUAAGGAUUUUUCUGUAAUUUCGGAGAACUUGUCACCUAAAAGUCGUCCUGCAAAAGCUGAGAAACAUAAAGAGGGAGCAAAGAGUAAACCGAAAACGAAGGACGAGGGCAAGUUUGUUGAUUUGCCGGGUGCUGAGAAGGGGAAAGUUGUUGUCCGUUUUCCGCCAGAAGCAAGCGGUUAUUUACACAUUGGACAUGCAAAGGCGGCGCUGUUGAAUCAGUAUUACCAGCAGCUUUUUGAGGGGCAGCUCAUAAUGCGGUUUGAUGAUACGAAUCCAGCCAAAGAGAGUUCUCACUUUGAAAAGGUGAUUUUGGAAGAUCUAGAAUUACUAGAAAUCAAACCUGACCGUUGGUCGCAUUCGUCAGAUUAUUUUGAUGUUAUUCUUGACUAUUGUGAACGACUUCUUAAAGAAGGCAAAGCCUACGUUGACGAGACAGAUGCAGAAACGAUGAGGAAGGAGCGGGAAGAAAGGAAGGAAAGCAAAUACCGAAAUUCUUCCAUUGAACAGAACUUGCUGUUGUGGGAAGAAAUGAAAAGAGGUACUGUCGAAGGUCAGAAGUGCUGCGUACGAAUAAAAAUUGAUAUGCAAAGCAAUAACGGAGCGAUGCGAGAUCCUACAAUUUACAGGUGCAAGAACGAACCUCAUGUCCGAUGGGGUGACAAGUACAAAAAACCUUAUAUAUGGUCUUAUGCCCGCCUAAAUAUGACAAAUACCGUUAUGAGCAAACGUAAAUUGACUUGGUUCGUGCAGGAGAAUCAUGUAGAUGGUUGGGAUGAUCCACGAUUCCCAACAGUACGUGGGACACUUCGCCGUGGGUUGACUGUAGAGGGUCUGAAGCAGUUCAUACUUGCUCAAGGAGGAAGCCGUUCGGUUGUAACUAUGGAGUGGGACAAAAUAUGGGCGUUCAACAAAAAAGUAAUUGACCCCGUAGCACCACGUUAUACAGCACUUGCUACAGAAGACCCUCCAGUGACGGUUAUGAUUGAAGAUGAUGUAAAAGAAGAGGAGAAAAGCGUUCCUCUGCACCCAAAAGAUUCGGGAGUGGGCGAGAAAAAAAUUUGGUACGGGAAAAGAAUUCUGGUUGAAUCAGCAGAUGCUCGAGAAAUGAAAGUUGGGGAUACCGCGACUUUUAUUCAUUGGGGAAAUAUGAAGAUUUUGGAGUUGCAGAAAGAUAGUGAAGGAAGGAUUAACUUGAUUAAGACGAAACUGGAUCUUGAAAACAAGGAUUUUAAAAAGACCCUGAAGGUUACAUGGAUUGCCGAUGUUUCUGAGGGUCCAACUGUCCCAGUGAAAGGAAUUAAAUAUGAUCAUAUUAUUACGAAAGCCAUUGUUGGUAAGGAUGAAGAUUGGAAACAGUUUGUCAAUUAUAACUCGAAGCAUUUUUACUCAAUGGAAGGGGAGCCAGCAAUGAAGAGACUAAAAAAAGGUGACAUAAUUCAAAUUCAGCGCAAGGGGUAUUAUAUUUGUGACUCGCCUUACGAAAGAAAAAGUGGUUUCUCAUCUGUCGAAAUGCCUCUCGUAUUGAUAGAAAUACCUGAUGGUAGCAAGCCGCAAGUGGAGUUUGUAAAACUGGAAUUAGGCGGAAGUUCAGAUGAAAUUGAAGAAACUGGAUUUAUAGGAAACUUGGUGGGGUAA